GCCCCGGAGCAGAUCAACACAUACCAGGGUGGCAGUGUGGAGGACCUCCUCCAACAGAGUGCAAAGAGAGAGAGACCUGACCUUAUCAUGCUGGCCCAGCAUCGCCUAUAUCGGGUGGACUUCCUCUCUGCCAUGCUCACCGCCACCCUUCCGCCUCUCCAAACCUCCUUUGAGGUUGGUUCCGGAACCCUUGUUGAGCAGGAUCGUGAUAGGGAUGUGAAUGGGGCCGGGGUUGGGUCCAGCGGUGUCGGGAGCCCCAAAAGCAGCGAGCACAGCCAGGAGGGAGAUGAUGGAGCUCCCUCUACUCUCCUCGCAGACGAGCCUCCUCUGGACUACCCUCACCAGGUCUCUGCGGGAGUCGGGUUAGGGGGUGAUCCGGACCUGGAGCUGGAGGAAGGCUCCAAAACCCUGGUGCUCUUCUCCCCUGGAGACAUGAGGAGGUCCCUUGCCGUGGUGGGCGAUCUACCCCCGGACGAUACUGGGAGCCGCCAGGGGACCCUGGCAGCCAUCACACCCCAGUGUGAGAGAGCCCUGGGAGCUCUGGGAAGCCUGCUGGACGUGUCUGAGCCAGGUACUCUGUCCUCCCAGCUGAAGUCCGAGCCCAAAUCAUCUUUGACGGCCGUCACUGCCAUCCUGGUCAAUGUGGCGUCCAAUGUGGUUGCUCCUACUGGCACCUCCCCUCCUUUCACCAAAGUGGAGCGCACAUUCAUCCACAUUGCCGAGACCACCCACCAUAAUGUGAUGAGCUCCUCAGGGACCCUGCAACCCAGGCUGCCCACAGCCAAACAGGAGGACCGCUUGGAGGGAGAGAAAGAGGAGGAUGUCUCCGAUGUAGAGAAAGAGAGGGGUGGGGAGAGCAGAUCCGAUGGGGACCUCUCAGACAAAGACGUUGAGAAUGGGAGUGAGAGGGAGUCUGAGGGUGAGGUCCCAAAGACAUACAACGUACAGAGGAGGGAGAGUAGAUCAGAAGGAGAUGUCUAUGAGAAAGAUGAGGAAGGGGACGAGGAGAACAUUCCAGAGAGCGACAAGGUGGAGGAGGGGGAGAAAGAUGAGGAGGAGGAGGAUGAGGAGAAGAGAGAUAUUAAGUCCAAUGAGGAAGUUCCAGAGAUAGAAACCCUAGGUUCCCAAGAGGUAGACAUGACUAAGGAGGAGGAAGAGGAUGUUGCAAAGAAAGAGGUUGAGGAAUUAAUCCCUCCAGAAAAAGAGAAGGAAGAAGAGACGGAACAUGGGGACGAGGCUCCGCCAGCGAUACAGUCAAACUUCUCCUCUCCCAUUCUCUGUCCCUCCGAAGAACCUGAAGCCCAGGAUGUCCUGGGCUUCAGGAUACCCCUAUUGGAUACCCCUAUUGCCGUUUCCCCUGAGAAGGCGCCUGCCCAAGACGUGACGUUGGCAAAGAAGGAGAGCCAGGUCCAGCUCAAACAAAACAUUGAGACUUCUCCACAAGAGGAACCCAAGGACUCUGGUGAUCCAGAAACAUUGGCAGUGCACCAGGUGGAGAGCAAAGAAGUGGCCAGCAAACAAAUCAGGCCUCGCAAACUGAGCCGAAUCCCGGUUCUCUCCCAGUCUGAGGAGGACACCGGCUCGGACCAGGACCAGUCGGCAGCGUCCCAGUCACUCAAGUCUCGUCAGAAGGCCAAGCAACCCCACCUAGCCCGGCUGGUCAUGGAAAGGACACAAGGUCGUAUGCUAAGACUGGCUUCUGUUUCCUCAGCUUCGUCUGCGGAUGAUGGCUGUAAAGCAGCAGCAGAGACCCAGUCAGAGGAAGACACCCAUGAUGAGGAUGACUCUCUGCCCAGGAAGGAUUGGGGUGUUGGGGGGGAAAGGGAGAGACGUGGGGGGCGACAAAGAAGCAGGAUACCCCGUCCUGUCACGCCUGUUAAGCUGCAGGGACCCUCUGUUACAGCGUCUGAAAAUGGCACCAAUGCUAGUGUCCACAAGCCACAACUUCCAACUGUAUAUAAUAGGUGGGUUCAAUUAUAACAUAUCUGACAGGAAACACAUGCUCUUAUCAAUUCCCAAUCUAUAGGGGCUCAAGCCAAGGCUGCCUUCUGUCUACUGUGUUGUUCACCCUGUCCUUUGAAUAAUAUUCUGAAUGGAUAAUAAUAUUCAUAUUAUGUGAAAGACUCCAUAUUAUAAACUCAAAACAUCAUUCUAGAACAGAAUUGAGGAUUCAAAGCAUCAUUCUAGAUCUUUGACUAUUUCUGUGUUGUGUCUCUGUCUUUCAGGCAUCAAUCUCACAAACCCAGGACCCCAAGCAUGAAUGUUCCACUGCACCAGAGGUCCCAGACUCUGCAAUCCCGACCUGGACCCGGGGUUAACUCCUCCCCCCUAUUCUCCACCCCCCGGGCCCCCUUGCGUGGGGUCAUCUUCCGAGCCCCUCACUCUGCAUGCCCCUUCCCCCGUAGCCUCAGCACCUCCCCCCGCAGCUACUCCACCUCCCGGACCGACAGCCCCUCCCCUCAGCGCCCACGCCGGGGGGCUGCAGUCACAGAGAUCCGGAGGCAGCUCAUAUCCGUGCGGGCGCAGACUGCACUUCCGCUAAAACCCAGACCGCCUCAGACCGAGGACUCCUCAGCCCCUGGGACACCCAGAAGGCGAGGCAAACGUUACCCAUCGUCAUCUAUAUCCACACUUACAUCCACACCCACCAAGGGGAAGUCAGAUGCUUCUGAGAGCAAGACAGCCAUCAGAUAA